AUGUAUGACAGCGAAAGCAGGGGCAGUCGACUUUUGGAACGACUUCGCCUGGGCCUUGAUCAGCAGCGUUUGAUUUUGGUUGCGAGUGGACAGUCCUUGCAGUUUGAUGUCAUCCGUGAAGCAGCUCAGAUUCAGUUUCCUGAACAUCGACCGACACCUGCAGUUGUGUACUCACGUGAGUUUGACAACCCUGGAAGAUCAGAAAGUUCCCAAGCAUCAAGACCUUCGCAGCCAUAUCAGAGACCUCUGGACAAAGGUCAUUCCAAGGGCAAGGGCAAAGGCAAUAGCAAGACAUCCCAUGGGUCUGGACCUUCCAAGACUUAUGUGACUGAGGUUUCCAAUGAACAACCUCAGGAUCAGGAAGAUGAUGAUGAGCCUCAGCAAGAGGCCGACGAUGCUGAGCCUUUGGAUGAUGCCGACGAAGUUGGAGAGACGGCAGAUGACGACCAGUCCAACACUUUGGAAGAAGAUUUGGCUGAAGUGGCGCGUUGCUUGACAGUGACUGCUCGCAGACUUCAGGGGAUCACUCUUGGAAGAAAGUUUUCAGGUCCUCCGAAGUCCCUGCAACAGCGCAAGGCCGAGAGUCACUGCGCAGUUUGCGGUGAGCGGGGCCAUUGGAAGGGUGACCCUGAAUGCAAGCAGUCUGGCGGCACUGACUCUGGCACUGGCAAGGGUGGAUCCAAGCAAAAAGGGUCCAAUGAUCGAAAGCAACAGUCUGGCGGCAAAAAGGUGUUCCAGGUGAGCCAUCCAGGGGGAUAUCAUCGUGAGGUUGCCUUCAACGACACCCCUGAAUAUGACAAGAGCAACCCCUCGGAUGAGACCUAUGGCAAGGCUUUCACUUCGUUUAUGGUUUGGGUCCCGGACUUUAAGAUAAACCAGGUCUAUGGCAACACCGCCAAUUCCUUUAACCAUUACCUCAUCCUUGACACCGCAUGCCAGAAGACAUGUUGCAGUACGUCAUGGUUAACUUCCUGGGAAAAUCAUGUCAUGAAGUUCAACAUCUACCCCAAGACUUUUCCAUGUCGGAAACCUUUUGAAUUUGGACACGGCCCUACUCAGUACAGUGAACAACAUGCUCUUUUGUUUUCAUGUUUUGAUGGAACCCCUGAGACCACAUGCAUCAUCGGAGCCAGCGUCCUCCCGACCACAAACGACAUCCCAUUGCUUGGCAGCAAUCAGCUUUUGCGUGAGGCUCUCGGUGCAAUCAUCAACUUGCCGGAGAACCAGGCCCAUUUGACCAAGCUGGGGUGCACGGUUCCGAUUUUGAUGUUGAACGGUCAUUUGGCUUUGGACAUUUCAGCAUUUCCUUCACAUGUUGAUCAGACAAUGCAGUGGAAGUUUGUUCAUGAACAUGCUGAUCUCAAGUCCAUUGAUGAGUUUGCAACAGUUGAGAAUUUGAUGGCCACCCGUGAACCUUCUCUCAAAUCAGCAGCACCUGAUCUACACGAUCAACCUGACUUUUCCAAUUCGAUUGCCGCGACAGCCGAUGCCAGCUCCACCCAAAUGGCUUCAGCAUUGGCGACGCUGCGUGGCAGCUCUGUUCCAUGCCGAGAUCCUGCUUCUACGAGUGAUGACCCAAGCAUGCCGUCUCGGUCUUCGACCUCGAAUGUGGCUGCAGCAUCAGGAUCCAAUGAACAUGGAACAGAUGCAAGCUCUGUGGGACAAGGCAACCGCCCCAUGCGAGCACCCGAAGUUCAAUCGGUAUGGAAACCGCCACGGCAGGUACAGUCAGUGCCUGCAGUGCGAAAAGAAAUGGCAAUGGAACGAAGAUCUUCAAAAGUGGGUCGAACCAGCUCCAUCGCGAAAGCAGCAGCAGCCGCUGCCUUUACCAUCCUCGUCAACAGCUGCGCACUUCAAGGACAAGCGGUACCAGCCCAAGUUCUACCAGGAACAUGCAGCGGAUCCACCAUGCCUCCCUCUGGAUUCCAUGCCCGAGCCGAAGAGUUCAUUGAAACCUUCGAGGGCAUCGAGGACCCGAUCGGCUUCAGUCAAGAGAAGCCAGGAAGAGAAUCAGGUGGUGUUCGUGGAAGACGAGGAGAUGGAGGACUUCGACUGGGCCCUGGUCCAAGACGUGCCCAAUCAGGGCUGAAGAAAGGUGCCCAGACUUGGUUGACAGGUCAUUUGAAGGCCCAACAGAAGAUCUAUGAGAAUGAAAUGAAGAUCAUGGACAACAUCCCAUGCUACCGCACCUUGCACUUGGAAGGACCUCACACUGAUGUCCUGACCUUGGAUCUCAUGGAAAUCUUUGCAGGCCGUGGAAGGGUUUCAGAACUGGCACCGAGAUUUGGUCUUCGAGCCGUUCAACCGAUCGACAUGAAGUAUGGCCACAAUCUCCACGCCCCAGAAGUCCGAGACAUGGUGCUCAGGGCUGUAUACAACUUGAAACCCCUGCUGUUGAUGAUCGAGUGGCCUUGCAAACAACUUCGAGAUGAAGAUCGUCCAUUGGUGCGUUUUGGUGUUGAGCUAUGUCGACUCCAAGAUGAAGGCCGCCGACUAUAUCUUGGCGAGAAUCCAUUGAGAUCAAGAAUUUGGGAUGAGCCAGAGGUCCAGUCACUUCGUGACGAUCCUGAUUGUCUUCAAGUUGAAUGUGAAGCUGGUGCCUACGGAGCUGAGGAUUCCGAAGGCUUUCCCAUAGUGAAGCCUCAUCGGUGGAUCACAAACAGUGAGUCCAUCGCAGCUCGGCUUGGUGAAAAGAUGACCUAUGAGCAGAAGAUGUACACCAAGCCCAUUGAAGGCAAGGAGACCAAGAAAUCUGGCGAAUACUGUGAUGGCUUGGCUCUGGCAAUUUUGAGUGGACUUCGAGAAGAAGCUUCAAUUCGAAACCCUGGUCGCUUUUCCAGGAAGGUUGCCUCCAACCAGGCCUUCUACCAGAAGAUUGGCUCCGAUCCAGCGACUUGGAACAACAUCAUGGCUGAGAUUGAGGGACGCUUCACCAGCAUCAACAAGAAGCCCUUCUACAUCAGCCUCAACGACCCUAUCAUGAAGAGCAUCAGGACUGUGGUGCCGUGGAAUCUCAAAAGAAUCCAAGCAGCAUGGUGUCCAACGACAAGACGGAUGCCAACCGACUUUCCCUACACACAUCGCGCCUGCGUGAUGGUGACCAAUGACGAUGAGAUCAUGAUCGAAGACGAAGAUAUGACAUCAGUGGCAUAUCCCAAACAACGAUUUCAGAAACCAGUUCGAAUCGGCCUGUUCAUCUACGGUGAUGCUCCAGAAGAUCAAGAUGAUCAACCAGUGAUUAGAUCUGGUAGUGGACCACCUUCGAAGGAAGACCUGGUCCCAGACUUGAGCACGGAAAUUUGGUUUGAGAAUGCCAAGAUUCCGAAGGAGCUCCAGUCCAGCGUUGCUCGACUUCACUGCAACCUUGGGCAUCCACCGAAGGCCGAGAUCAUCAGAAUUUUGGCUGCAUCUGGAGGACUUUCUUCGGCGACACUCAAUGCCUUGGAAGCUCUCAGGUGUGGCUCUUGCAUCAGGCUGACCAAGCCUGUGAAACCCCCAACAUCUUCUACGGCGACUAUCAAGCACCAUGGAUUUUUCGGAGACCAUCUCCAAACAGACAUCAUCUACGUCAGAAUCUUGACUGGCAAGGCCAUCCCGGUCUUGGGCGUUUGCUGCGUCAACACCAACUUCCAUGCAGCCACAGCGAUACACGACCGCUGCCCAGAGACCAUCCUGAAUGCCUUGAAGCAGAUUUGGUACGGCCCCUUUGGCCUUCCCAUGUCAAUCACGCCAGAUGCUGACACGGCAUACAUGGGCGUUUGUCAGGAUUGGCAUGUCAACAUGGGCAUUGACUACAGGAUGAUCCCAACUGAAGAGGCUUGGAAGAUUGGAAAGAUCGGCCGACGCAAUGCUUUGCUUCGGUCGCUGGCUGAACGACUCAUUGACCAACAUGGAGUUUCUACAGUAGAAGGGCUACAAGAUGUUUUGGUGGCCUGCAUUUUCUCCCUCAACAGCAGCACAUACAGCCACGGUCGUUCACCAUACCAGGCGGUGUUUGGACGAAUUCCAAGGCCAGUUGGAGAUCUUCUUUCAGACAACCGUGCAUUGACCAUCACCAACACCGACCACGACCCAGCUCUUCGACCUGAACUUCUUCGAGCCGAGGCCAUCACCGCCUUGAUGCAGAUCUCAUCUUCUCAGGCUGUGAAGAGAGCCUUGCUGCGGAAGACCCGGAACCAGAACGACUUGGCCAACCUCCAGCCAGGUCAAGCCGUGGCCUAUUGGAGACUCCAAGGGCGAUCGCGACAGCACAAGAAGGGCAGUUGGUGUCUGGCGAGAUUCCUGGCCUAUGACCCAGACAAGAAAUCAUGCUGGCUACAGGUGGGCAAGAACUCCAUUCGCGCUGGGGUCAAUCAGUUGCGAUUGGCCAGUGGAUGGGAAUCAUGGACACCGUCUACUGAAGAUCUUCAACUUCUCAAAGAUGCCCGACGCAAUGUGGCUCAGGGACUCUGGCUUGAUGAUUCUGGGCCACCACCCACUGAGGAGCAAGAGAUGACUGUGGAUGACGAGGUGUUCAACUUCAGACCUCACAAGAUGACUCGUCUGGAAGAACCUCGACAUGACGAGGAACAGAUCCUUGAAGGACAGCCCCUUGUUCCACUACCUGAAGCAUCAGCAUACGACGCACCUGAGCCAUACAACCUAGCAACGGUCCCGGCAGCCCCCACGUCCGAUGCCGAGACCUCAGACGACGAUUUGUCUCUGUCCAAUAACAGAUCCAUGACGAGACAAGAACAAAAACAGUUGGAUCGUGAAAUUCCAUGGAGAGACAUCAUGGAACUCCCCAAGAUGGACUUUGAUGCCUUCGUGGGAUCUGCCCAGAAAGAAUUUCAGGGGUGGAUGAAGUGGUCAGGAGUGGUGCCCCUGACAAGCCGGGAAGCCAAACGAGUCGAAAGCAAUCCCAAGCUCCUCAAACGCAUCCUGAAGAGCCGCGCUGCUUACCGGGAUAAGGCUCGUGGAACAGGAGCCUUGAAGGCGAAAACAAGAGUCGUCAUCAUUGGAUGCGGUGAUCCCGAUCUCAGACAAUUGAGCAGGGACAGCCCAACACCCAGCAGGUUGAGUGAGUUCGUAGUGCUGGCCGUUGCGUCAUCCGGCGCAAACAAACUGUUCAAUGGAGACAACAGAAUUUGGCAUCUGUGGUUGUCGGACGCUGCUCAGGCGUUUCUUCAAGGUCGACAAGAUGAGUCCGAAAGAAGUGGCCCCAUCUUCAUGAGACCUCCCAGAGAUCCAAUUCAAGAAGCGGCCGGUGCAUUCCCAGCCGAGCUCUACCAAGUUGUGGGCAAUUGCUAUGGCUUAAGCAAUGCCCCUAGAGUUUGGUUCAACCGAGUGACUGAGGAGUUGGUUGAACACGACUUCCACAUUCACAGUUUCGACAAAUGCUUGUUCUAUCAUGUUGGCAGUGAUGGAUUGUUAGACUGCGUUCUGAUUGUGCACGUGGAUGACUUUAUGGCCACGUUCAGCAGUUCUUUUGACAAGACGAUUCUUGAAGGUCUUUUCGAAUGGGGCUCCGUGACACUCAUUGAUGAGGAUCACUCUGGCGAGUACCGCGGCAAAGAGAUCAAGAUGCUGAAGAAACCUGAUGGCCGAAUUCACUACACGGUCACGCAGCAGUCCUUCCUUGCCAACCUCCAAGUGAGUGGAUGUAUCCAGUGGUUGGGCGGACAGUCUCGGCCAGACUUGGCCUCCACAGCUUCGCUUUGCAACAAAGGCAGUGAGACAAGGACCUCAGACCUUGGCCGUCUUCACGAAGCUCUCAAAUAUGCCAAGCUGACCGACACCUCCGGCUUGAUUUUUGGAGAUGUGCCUUUGAACCGAGCAUCAUGCUUGGUGACCUUUGCCGACAGCAGCUGGGCAAAUGCGGCCAACUAUUCAUCCCAGUUUGGGGUGAUCAUUGCUCUUUGUCCAUCACAGGUGACAGAGACGAUAUGCAAUGGCUUGAUCUUGCACUUCAAGGUCAAAAACAAAGACCAGUGA